ACGAGCCGACCGCCGAAGCCGAAUGAAGUGGAUGGUCGUGAUUAUCAUUUUGUUUCAAAAGAACAAAUGCAGGAAGAUGUACGCAAUAAUCAGUUCAUAGAAGCUGGCCAAUUCCAGGACAAUCUCUAUGGUACAAGUAUUAACUCUGUUCGUGAAGUUGCCGAAAUGGGUCGGCACUGCAUCCUUGAUGUGAGCGGGAAUGCGAUCCGUCGAUUACAGUCCAUUGCAAAUAUAUAUCCAAUAGCGAUUUUCGUGAAGCCUCAAAGUCCCCAUCAGAUCAUGUUAUGA